CACACAGUAGUGCCAGGCCCCGCUGCUGCUCCUGCCUGCCACUGCCGCACCCCCGCCUCCACCCCAACCUCACCACCACCUCCGCUACAGACACCUCUCCUACGCCUGCUCUGACCUCUCCCGUUCUAGGUUUCUAGGUCUAUGGAGACCCUGUCGACGGUACCAAGAUGAGUGUAAUUACAUAUUUGUAGCUAUAACCAUGCUAGUGGUAUCCCGUCUUCAGUGACCAGUGUUGCCGUGGUACUUCCGAACACAGGCAAGAUGCCCUUCCGUCUACCGCCACUCUCCGCCUUCGUGGAGAGUGCCUCGGCGGUGUGGGAAGUGGCUAAGAGCAACUUGCCUGAAUCUUGUCUGGGGGGGCCAGACGAACGCCUCAAUUUCGCCAAACACGGGCGCAACCGCGGCGAUGUUGAGAUGACGGCCGUGAGUAACGCCGAGGGCGUGCCUGGCGAAGAGGGCGUUCCUCCUGAAGGACAGCCGCCCCUGCAGAGGGAGGGCUCCGUGGGUAGCGUGUCCACGGUUGGGGUGGAGUGCGCGGACAAUGACCAGAUCACGGAGUGGCAGGCGGGUUGGAAUGUCACCAACGCCAUCCAGGGGAUGUUCAUCGUCUCGCUGCCAUAUGCUGUGCUACACGGUGGCUACUGGGCUAUAGUUGCCAUGGUGGGGAUAGCCUACAUAUGCUGUUAUACAGGAAAGAUCUUGGUCGACUGUCUCUACGAUCUUAACGAGGAAGGGCAGCUGGUCCGUGUGAGGUCCUCCUAUAAGGGUAUAGCCAGGGAGGUGUUUGGCCAGAAGUGGGGAGGCAAGAUUGUCAACUCUGCCCAGCUGAUCGAGCUGCUGAUGACUUGCAUCCUGUAUUUAGUGUUGUGCGGGGACCUGAUGAUUGGCAGCUUCCCUGACGGUCCCAUCGAUGCUCGCUCCUGGAUGAUGCUCUGUGGCAUGAUCCUUCUUCCGUGCGGCUUCCUCAAGAACCUCCAUCACGUCUCCACGCUCUCUUUUUGGUGCAUGAUUGCUCAUUUAGCCAUCAACAUCAUCAUUUUCGCCUACUGCAUUGGCAAUGCCUCCACCUGGGCCUGGUCUAAAGUCAUGUUCCGUAUAGAUCUCCUUGAAUUCCCAAUUGCCCUGGGGAUCAUCGUCUUCAGCUACACGUCACACAUCUUCUUGCCCACGCUAGAGUACAAUCUCAUCGACAGGUCAAAGUUCACAUGCAUGCUGAACUGGAGUCACAUUGCAGCCGCCGUCUUCAAAGCGCUGUUUGGGUACGUCGGGUUCUUGACCUGGGCUGAAGAUACCGAGGAGGUCAUCACCAACAAUCUCCCAAACCCAACUUUCAAAGGUUUCGUCAAUCUUAUCCUGGUAGUGAAAGCUUUGUUGUCAUACCCACUUCCAUACUACGCCGCAGUCGAGAUCAUCGAGGUUACCUUCUUUCGUGGGCGGCCCAAGACAACGUUUCCCUCCGUGUGGGCGCUCGACGGGGAACUCAAGGUGUGGGCUUUGGCCAUCAGGGUCUUGGUUGUAGUCUUCACCAUUCUGAUGGCCAUUUUCAUCCCACACUUUGCUAUCCUAAUGGGCCUGAUCGGCUCCUUCACAGGUACCAUGUUGUCUUUCAUUUGGCCGUGUUACUUCCAUCUUAAAAUCAAGGCCGGCAAGCUGGAGUGGGGAGACAUUGCCUAUGACUACUUUGUAAUAUUCUUAGGCUUUCUUUUUGGUAUAAUAGGAAUUACCACCUCCUUCUACGCCCUGGUCGAGGCCUUCCAGAUUGGUCUACCUUUCUAGUGCUCAACAUCAAAUACUGAAUUCGAUAUUCUUCCAGUCAAACAAGUUUUACAGUGGAAUCUUAUACGACAAACUGGCACCUGCCAUGCUAUGAAUCUUUUCAUAAAUGUGUAUAUCUGCAUCACGUUGACAAAAUUACUGAAAAUGUUAGAAUUAAUAUGAGUUUAUGAAGCAAUAAUCAAUCAGAAAAAAUAGCAGCAUAACAGCGGUGUUGAGGCGGCCUUCAACAGCAGUACUAGAAUGCUGCGUGCCAGUUCCCCAUGCACGUCAGCAUGCAUAUUAGCCUUGUAUCAGUACAGCAUGUGCAGUAUCGUUCUGAGCCAGGGAUACCGACACCUUGGCUUCGGGACCAGCACCUGCAGUCAUUGCCUGGCCCACGUCAGGUCUAUCGUGUCUUCCAGGGAAUUGUUCCCAUGUUCUCAGCAUUUACCUGAACGGUAACCAAGUCUUCCAAUUACAGUGAUCAAGGUUGGCAAGUCUGUGUCGACUAUUAGUUUAGGGCACAAACGUGUCGAAGAUACAAGUGUAGGACAUUUGCAGAUGUAGGACAAAAGUGCGUCUAAGAAACAGGUGUUAAGGACUGUGAUGGAAUCAAACCGUGGCUUGUACGAUCUUGCUGGUCGUUGCUGGUGUGUGGCGGACGCGGGAAGCCAUGCGAGUGGCUUACUAGUAGUGGCUUGGUGGCGCGGAGAACAGUGUUAAGGGCGUCUGUUGAGAGUCUUAAGUGUAAGGUUCUGUGUUGAAGACCCUUCAUAAAGGGACCUGUGUGUAGGGCUCUUUAUUGAGGGGCCUAUGUUGAAGGCCUAGAGUCUUGUUCCAUUAAGCUUUAAUGAUAUGGAAAUAAUGAUAAACUACUAACGUGAGUGUCGUAAGAACUGAUAAAAUGUUAUUGGCUUCUCAAUUCUACCCUCUGUGCCUACAUUAAGAACGACCUUCCAUCCACAACUACCACUUACCACCGCCGCCGUCCCCAUCACCACCACCAACCACGCAAUCUACACCUCAUUUGUGAUGUCACAGGUCCCAGAUGCCGUGAUAAGCAUGGUAAUAAUGUCUUCCAUUUUUCAGCGUAAUGUUUUGUGUAUAUAUCAGUGGAGCGUUGAGGUGAGUGUGAGUGUGUGUGUGUGUGUGUGUGUGUGUGUGUGUGUGUGUGUGUGUGUGUGUGUGUGUGUGUGUGUGUGUGUGUGUGUGUGUGUGUGUGUGUGUCCAGUGCUGUAACAGUCUUGCUUCAUGGAUGUAGCAGCAUACUGCUGACAGUAAUGAAAAAAGUUUUAUAUUGUGACAGCGUCUUUCUCUAGAGUUUUAUUAAGCCAAUGACAUGAAGCUCUACAUACUGCGAAAUGUUGUUGGAAAAGCUUACUCUGUACCUGUCUUUUCUUAAGCCUUACUUUUCAGUUUUACACAGUAUCGUGUAAUUAAAUUAAAAAAGUUGAAUGUAACAUUGUGCUCUCGUUAAAAUUUGGAUAACAGAAAUAGAGCUUUUGUUGUAGCUAAGACAGAUACUAAACAAUCAUAAAUGCUAAACCAUCUACCCUCUAACCUAGUAACUGUGAUUGGCCACAGACUUUCAGAAUCCCUCACAUUCAAUAAUCUGAUUGUAAAGAAUUAAAUUUUGUGGGAAUGCCAGUUACAAAAAUGAUUUCUGAGACCAUCGUGAAUGAAGGGAUAGGGGGGUAAGGGGGAUGGGUAGAUGGUAUCAUCCACCAACUUUAAGAUGGUGGAUGAAUGUUGUGACGUCACUGCACCCUGGUUCCCUCUUCUUCUCUCAACCACCUUCUCUUUUUAUCUCUUCCACUAACUCCUACUUUCCUACCUUUUUUUUUUUACCUCUUCCUGGUCUUCCUCGUUUAUACACCUGUGGAAAAUUGCAUUUAUCUGAAUGUAUCAUUAUUUAUAUAACAAUAAAUGAACAUAGAUAAUUAUUAUUUAUCAGUUAGACAAGUAGGAAUUUGGGACACCUAGGUCGCAAAAAAUGUCCCCCUUCGAUACCUACCACUGUCAUAUCCACAAGUUGCUCUGGACCUAUUAAUUAAAUGAAAUAUACAUACACCAGGAAUGCUGGUAAAUAUAUAAAUUUGUGGACUGUAUAUUAAAUUAAAAAAUGAUUAUAUAUAAAUACACAUUUAUAUAACAGAAGGAGAAUAUAUCUUAAUCAUAACACUCACCAAUUUGACUGGAAAUCAAGGUGUAUCAUACUCAGAAAACCUCUGUCUAUACAUGAAAAUAACUGGCCAGUUAUAACAUAAGACUUAUCUGAGGUUCCUGGAGCUGUCUUGUCCAGUCGCCUGAUAUCUCAAGUUAUGCAGGAAUGCACAUCCAACAAUUUCGCCUCCUAUUUGAGAGGUGUCAGCCCAAUUUUAACCUCUAGACGCAGUGGUUCCCAAACUUUUUCAGCUUGUUACCCAAUUUAACAUGCCACAUAAAGCAUGUUACCCCUUUCACAAAAUUUGUUAUUAUUGAUAUAUAUGGCUAAAUUAAAACACUUGAGAUAUUUUCUUUUAUUUAUUGUAUUUGAACAUUGUGCAUCUCUAAUGACUAUUACCAAAAAUGUCAAGAACAUCAGUGGGAUGGAUGGAGUUGCAUACUUGAAGCUAGUUUAGGAAUUCUUGGCUUCAUACCAGCUUAUGUCUACCUCGGCUGAUGCUCACAGAUAAACUGACAGUGUGAAAUAGAGGCAGCCUCAGGAAGUGAGUGACGCGUACUGGACAGGUCGAUCUGGGCUACUGCGUGACUUUUGUCCUGAAGCAUACUUGUCAAAAUACUUUUGGGUUUCCACACACUUAGCUAUAUAUUUCUUCUUUUCUAAUACUGUAUAUUAGUUUUUGAUGUUUAUUGUUAUUUGGUUUAACUUUAUUACUUACUUAUAAUAGGUUUACUUUACAACUUUAUAUACUAAGACAAAGUUAACAAUAAUCCUCAUACCGGGUACCGCAUUGUUUUCUUGAUUUUCAGAAUUCAUAACUUUUUUUCUGUCACCCCUCCAUUACCCCCCAAAAAUGGUUAAAUUACCCCCAGGGGGUAAUUUACCCCCAGUUUGGGAACCACUGCUCUAGAGUAUGAAAAUUCCUUCCCAUUACACUAAUGUUGUAUCCAAUUCAAAUUAACAAUGGCGACUGUCCCUUCUCCCCAGGCUCAGUUUCCCAUUUUCUGACAUAAAUGUUAUUAAAUACAGUAUGGCCAUCUACAUACAUAUAAAUACUGAAUUUCUGGAAAAUAUAUACAGUAUUUUCCACAACACCCUUCUCUAUCAUUUCCAUUUCUACCCUUCUUGUUUCUUUUAGUCCUUCCUCCUUAUCUUCCUUCUUCAUAAAAAGGUUCAUCCAGCCACAUACUGUAGAAAUAACGUUAUUUUAAAUCCUUAGCUGGGGCAAGUCAGCAACACGAGGAAGCGCUAAACCAUAGGAGUUAUGUACCGACUGGUAAAUGGAAGGCAGUCAGCCAAUGUGUGGAGAUCUUUCACAAGACUCAUAAAGCACCACAAUGGAAACAAGCACAUGCAUUCUAUUCAUAUGUCAAUCCAUUUAAUAAGUAGAAACAGAAAUACAUAAUACAGUUGCCAAUUACAAAGACAGAAAUAACAACAGGUACAGAAAGAAAAAGAACAAUAUCAUGGCUGGAAAAAUGCACGAAAUACCCGCACAUUUUGAUCCGACUUGGACCAUUAACAAGUCACACGGUGUGACUUAUUAAUAGUCGAAGCCGGGCCGGAACGUCAUUGUAAGUUUGAGUCUCCUAAGUGCGGGUUAUUUGUGCAACAAUAGGUACAUCUAGCAACCAAGGACACGGUUAAAAAUCAAAGGAACAAGGAGAAGGGAAAACUGGAGGAGAGGGAAGACGAUAAGCGAAGAGAGUGAGGAGUAGAAGACAGGGAGAUAGACAGGGAAAGGAGAGCAAAGAGGACGAGAACGAGGGACGAAGACAAGGGGAAAUGGAGAAUAAGGGGAAAGAGGACAGGCGGGACGAGGACAGAGGGAUGAGGACAAAGGGGCACAAGGAGGGAUGAGGACAAAGGGGCACAAGGAGGGAUGAGGAGGACAAGGGAGGGGAAGAGAAGGGUAGGGGGAAGAAGGACAAAGGGGAAGGAAGAUGCUAAAAAUCAAUAUAGGCAGCAGAGAGACGGAUAUCAUCCCCAGAAUGUUGCAACUCUUUUAUUGUUUAUGUUUGUCAGUGACGACAGAAAUAGGAAAGUGUAACGGUGAUGACAGGAGACAGUGUGACGGUGACGGACAGGAGGCAAUGUGAUGACAGGAGACAGUGUGACGGUGACGGACAGGAGGCAAUGUGAUAGUGACGGACAGGAGACAGUGUAACGGUGAUAACAAAAGACAGUGUAACGGUGAUAAGAAACAGUGUAACGGUGAUAACAAGAGUGUAACGGUGAUAACAAGAGACAGUGUAACGGUUAUAACAGGAGACUGUAACGGUAAUAACAGGAAACAGUGAUGAUGUGCAGGAGACAGUGUAACGGUAAUAACAGGAAACAGUGAUGAUGUACAGGAGACAGUGACGGUGGACUGGAGACAGUGAGACGAUAUACAGGAGACAGUGUGUAUCGGUAAUGUACAGGAGACGUGAGGGUGUGAAAACAGUGAUGAACAGGAGACAGUGAUAUGGAAAAAUAUCGUUGGUGGUUGUGGAAGCAGUUUAUUCUUCAAGGAAUAUGAAAUUUACGUGGGUCUUGGUUACAUGAUAGCCUCUCCCCCCCCCCCCCACCAGUGGCUCUAUUGUACUUGGGUAUUAACAUACCUGCAUUCCUUUAUAACCUUGUAAAGAAUCUUGCAGUACUUUAUUCAAACAAUUCGUCAAAUUAAUCAUAUUUAUAAACCAUUACUCCAAAAAAGCUGGCUGUAUGCUUUCAAAAUAAUCUACAGAAGUUUCAAAACAUUGUCAAAUGCCAAUACUAAAAUUGUCUAGUUUAUGAGUAUUACCCUUGAGAGAUCACUCGCUUGGUGCACUUGAGGUUGUUUUUCUCAAAACAUGUAUUUCUUGAGAUGCCUUUAGUCAGGUUUAUUUCCCUUGGCAUACCAUAAUAUUACAAUAUAUAUUGUUCAAUAAUACAGGGAAAAGCCUAUAGUUAUGCAACGCAUUUCGGGAGGUCCCAUACAUCCUGACAUAACUUCUCGGUUACAUACACACUAUUGCAGCCUCUGAGUAAUGCUGUAUCACUGAGACAUUCCGGGAAGGAGGUGCAGACAGACAGAUAGACAGGCGGACAUGUCAUAUAACUCACGGGAACGGUGGGUGGCAUUAGAAAUGACAGAAACAAAUUAUAAAAUGAAUAUCAAAGGUCGAUCUAUCAAAGUAACCCCCUAUACUGCAUUUUUUUAUUAAGUUUGUCUUGCAGGUAAUUACAUGAAGUUGUUAUACCUUGCACGCUGGAUGAUCCAGAAAGAUACCAGAGACAAGAAAGGGGACAAAACAACUGAGCUUAAUGAGUUUUACUUUCAUAGUGAAACAUUAAACCCAUAGUGGUUUUAUCUCUCUUGGGGUAUGGGGGUUAUCAAGUUUGAUCCAACGAAAGGGAGGGAUAGCUCUAGUUUCCUAGAUCAAGAUCCCUUUACCGGGCACAGGGCACCCCUUCCCCUCCCCUUGAAGGUUGAUCCUUUGGAAAGGUUAACUUGGUGAAACAAGGAAGCAGAAGGAAGUCUUACAUCAGUGAUUCACUUAAUUCUUGUAUUUGUUGCAUAACACACACACACAUACGUGUGUAUGUUAUACAACUCACUCCAAUUUCUAACCCCAUUUUUUUUAAUAGCUGAGGUGUUAUUUUGAACUGCGUUGCACUGACUAAUCACUGUUCUUAAUCUAGCACCUGAAAGCCUUGUGUGUGAUCCUUCGCGUUUUUAGUGGGGUGCAAACCCAGCUCUGGUACAUCGGUAGUUGCGUACACCACUCAGCAGAUCAUCAUUUAACUAGGACUAGCGUAAAGACAUUUUUCCUUGUGCAGACAUCGCCCCCAUCUAGAACCCGAGGUCUUAAAUCGAGGCUCAAGCCUAGUGAUCAAUGGGAUUAACCCAGUCAUGAGACCAGUGAGCCAAUUUGUCAUCCUUAGUUACUGCAUUCCCAGAGCAUUAUUGUAAACUUGCACCUCGUAUGUGGUAAAUCAAUUACUGGCAUGGAUUAUCUAAAAUUUUAUAUUCAUGGGGAAGUGCUGAAUCAGUAGAAGCCGUUACGUGCCUGGGGAAUAGGAAGCAGUGAGGUUUGACCAAGGGAAGGGAGGGUAGCUCCAAGAGUAAAUCUGGUGUGGGAUCAUAGCGGCGACACCGGUUACUCUGCCAGUGAGAGAUCGAUACUGGCAGAGUGUGUCUACUGCUAGGAUGUUAGUGUGGUUGGCUGUCGUCCAGCACUGCUACCCUUCUCUAGCACUACUGUCCUUCAGCAUUCAUCCUGUUACCUAACAUUCAUCCUAUCCUCCAGUACCAUAACUUUCAUUAUUAUUAUUACUGUUUAACAAAAAAAAUAUGCGCCAAGAGAAAUCUUUAGAUUUGACCUUGAAGCUAUUUAAAUUACUUCGAAAUUUGCAUUACUUUGGUAUUAUUAGUGAUAAUAUUCAAGAGAGAGCGCUUAGCUUGUAGGGGACAUAUUGCUUAAAGGAAAUGGAAGAAAUCAUUAACUCGGUGACUAAUUCAGUGAGCCGACAGUGCUUCAUUGAAGACCAUUCAAAUCCUCCGAAGCAGAUUGGCUGACCGCCUAUUUCAUCAACCGUCUCGUAUAUAUCAUAUUGGCAAUCCCGCCUGGACUGCUCCUCAGCCCUUUCAUUGUUCAACUAGUUACCCUCUCUGACCUGGCAGCAGCAGCAACAUCCAAACUUUCUUAUCCAGCCCAUUUAACACACUUGUUCGUUGCUCCCUCAGUUACCAAGGACAUCUGUAAACGCCAACAAACGAACACAACCCUUGUUGACACACUUACUUCUUUAAAUCAAAAUAUGUAUAGCAACACUUGUUUGUAUCCCUGUGUAUAAACUACAGGACAGUGUAAAUUUGCUUUAAUCUCUGUUAUUAAUGAAUUUCUUUGACUUAGUGUACAGGUGAAGUGCAACUUUAAUAACCCGCAUGAAGUUGAUUGGCUUUAUACCUAAAAAAGAACUUCUUUAAAGCCGAAAAACUGAGAUGUAGUUGCUUCCUUUUACAUAUUUAUGUGGAUGUUGGCAACUUUGUCUUUCAUCUGGUGGUCCCUUACUACUAACAUCUAGGUUCAGGUGAAUGCAACCUCUGCAGUCAGUAGGCCUUAGUUUAAUAUGUUUAUUAUGCACCCCAUACCCAUCCUGUGGGCGGUAGUCAAAAGAUUACAGAGGUACAUAAUUGGUCCAGGGACUGGACUCCAAAGUUUUGAUAGCUGAGCAAGUUACAGAGGUAAUGAACUCACAAUUUACAGUAGGCCUUAACAGCACACAGUUUUCUUUCGCAAAGUGAAACUGACCGGGAUAAAUAAGAUAAAUAAGUUAACAUGUUAUGUCACUUUAUAAAUAAAACCGGUAAUGUUGAUUGGGAAUGUCAGAAGUUAAAACUAGGAGGAGCAGGACUGUUCAGUGUGUAUAUGUGCAUUGUAUCUUUAUUUCUUUGCAGGAAUAGAGCUUAUGCUCAUGGUGUACUGUCUUCCAUAUUUUUUGUACAAUUUUAUUUUUCAAUAGCCGAAAUAUACUACCUCUUUGAUCCCCUUCCAGUUAUCAACUGUACUGUUUUUGUGACAUGCUCCGAUAUUCAUUCUGAACUUCUUACCCCUCGAGGGAGGUUCCUUGAUGCUGGUGAGGGGCUCUUGAUCUAGGGAAUUGGAUCUGUGCUCUAGUUCCCUGAAUUGAGCCUGAAUACCUUCCAUUCCCCCCCAUAUGAACUGUAUAAUCCUACAGGUUUAGCGCUCCCCAUGAUUAUAUUAAUAAUUAUAAUAAUCUCAACUUCUUAAUUUAAAAAAAUGGCCUCAUUUUCUCCCUACCACUUCUAUUGCGAAUCUUUUCUAUUUUACUGUAUUCUUUUAGACUUUAAAGGCAGUUAUUUUGUCACUUUUUCGUUCUGUCUUAGGGGCAGCACCAAAAUUUAUGUACUGAGGAGAGGGGCACUUAUCAGUAAUUAAAGCACUAAACCCUAAUGGUCAUACAGAGACCUGUUUUGAAGCAGCAUUAUUAUUGCUAUUUUUAUUUGGGAGGCAAGGAGAAUUAUUGGGAGGUUGAAGCCCCCAAUCCCCCAUUGGCACCUCCCAGCCUGUCCUCCAUUGAGGAUGUAUCCAGCUGCAACAUACUAAUGUAUGUUAGUUUUCAAUAUAUUUGUUUAAGAAUCCAGCAUACGAAUAAGUCAAAAUACAACGUACUAGCUUCGACAAUGGACAAUCACAUGUAUAUACUUAAAACAUCAUAAUAAAAAUAAUAGUUUUAAAAAAUUUCUAAAGAUUUCUAUACUAUAUAGUAAAGGAAGUCUCAUUAGUUGUUCUGUCCAUUUACUUAACUUCGUUGGUAAUUUUACCAAUAUUUAUACAACUCAUAAAGAGUGCCAGUAAAAAGCUCACUUAUGAAUCAGAAGACAUGCUGUUUGUGCAGUACCUUCAAUCUUUCUUCUUAAAUCAAAUUUCUUAACUCUAGAAUCCAUUUGGUUGCAUGUCUGAAUUUUUUAUCUUAACUACUGCACAUGUUUUUUUAAGGUGUGAACAUCAUAUUACAGUUACAUGCACUCAUUAUGAUCAAGAAUAACCCACACAGUAUUUACUACAUCACACCAUUUGAAGAUUACAGUAUACAAAGUUUACCAUUAAAACACAUCAGCUUGUACCUAUUGUACUAAUGUAGCCUUUAGGUCAUAAUUUAUGAUUUAAUUUAUGAUAAAACAAUUAAUUUUCUUGUUAAGUCCUGCUUAUAGUUACACAAUUAUGAGGCAUUUACAAAAUUCCAUUAUCCAUUUAUUACUUCAUUUACUCAAUUUAUUCAAAUCUCCCUGUAGGAAUUUAGAAUAAUUUUGACUUCCAAUUUGCAUAACGUUUUUAAAUGGUCCCUAUGUUAAGUCAUUUUAUAAAUUAAAAACAUCACCUUGGGCAAAUAUUGAUCCUUAUGAAACUUCGCUAGUGACACUAUUCUGUGGGGACAUUUAUCUUAUCGCAGUGCAUUUUUCUCUCAAACAUAAAAUCCCACAUUCAUUGCAAUUACUUUUCUUCAAAAUGCAGUACUGUAUAUUCAAAAUAAAUUUUUCAUGAGGAACUAUACAAAGACUUUUUCAAAUUCCAUAAGUGAAUGCAAUCUGUCUACCAUUUUGUGCUUGCAUAAUUUAAAUGCUUUUUAGUUGCUCAAGAGAUGCGAUAUACAGAAUUUCCUACCUGAAACUAUAGUAUUUGUCAGUUAACAUAUUUUCUCUUUCGGUGGUGCAGCUAUGGGAGGGAGAGCUGUAUAGUCCGUGUGGCUUAGCGCUUCUUUUUGAUUAUAAUAAUAAUAAUAUGGGAGGGAGAGAAAGGCUAAAUAUUGACUAGUGACCAUGAAAACAUGAUAGUAUUAGUAUAAGAAGUUUCAUGUACUGAACAUCAUGAGUGUUUAAAAAAUGAUUUCUUUGAUUUUUUUCAGUAUCUUAUGAUUGUUAAGCCACCACCACCCAGACAGAAAUCCUGUCUUUGCCACUGUUCUCUCUUCUCAAGUGUUUUAGCCACUUUUCUCAAUUUUUUUUCCAGUGUUUUGGCAAUAUUUAUUAAGAAUUCUUUAGUUCAAAGGGUCUUACCUAUCACUUUUUUUGAUGGUGCAUUGACAAACAUUAAUGGGAAAGUGCUAAAUCCAUAUGGGUUAUAUAACACUUGGGAAAUAGGAGGUAAUUGAUUUAAUCUGAGGAAAGGGAGGGUAGCUCCAAACAAGAGCCCUUCACCAGUAUCAAGGCAACCCCCCUCUCCCUUUAAAGGAAACAUUUAACAAAACUGUAUCUGCCAUUUUCCAUACAACUGCUAAUUUGCUUUUGUGUAGUUUUUAUUUCAGCAUUCAUUAAAACUUUUUUGGCCCUUUCUAUAUAAAGUCUGUCUUGAUUUUAAUAUGGUCUUCCUUUGGCAAAUCUUUCCUGAUACUGAUGAACUUACAGUCCUCUUUUUGUCUUUAAAUUCUUGGAAUUCCUAAACAGUUUAACAUUUAUAAAUGUAAUUUUUUAAGGCCCAUAUUUUCUCACCUGUCUGCUUAUUCACCUAUAGUAUUCAACAUGUUCACUUACUACAAACCCUUCAAUGCUUACUCUAAUUUUUUUAUUACUAUUCCUUAUCCUUACCCAUUCUGGAUGAUGUGUUGUUUUCCUCACUUCCAGAUAUUGUUUGUUUUCUCACACUACUGCAUGUGUGUAUCUGGUAUGUGUUUGUGUGUAUGUGUACUGACAUUAUGAUCGACAUGUCGUUCUGUGGGUCACAAUGCUGUUAGCUCUGAAACCAAGUCUUCCAGUAGUAGUUAUGAGGAUAGUUGAAAUUAAUUACAGUGUACUAUAUGGCAGGUUUCUCUUGUUGAAGUUGGGUUGUGAACUGGGUGACCCGAACAUAAUAUUCUGGGCCAAAGGCCUAUGAAUUCCUUGCUCAGGCUUCAAGGCUUUCUAUUUCAUUAUUAGCAUUGUGUAGCUCGCGUUGAAGUUGAUGAAUUAGCUAAUGAAUGAAGUCAAAGCUUUGAAGCCACGCAGCUCUAUUAUGUUCAAUGUGUUACUCUGUUAUGUGUUAGUGUGUAAGGUUAGUUGCCUGGUUAUGUCGCUGUCUGUAAGAUAAAGAUAUUUUCUGCUACAGUCUUGCAGGAAUCUUACCAACUAUCACCUUUGUAAUCCAUUACAUCACAUUGUGAUAAAAAUGAGACUGAUGUGUUGAAAAAAUAAUAUACAUAUAUACGUAUACACCUACCAUCCGACUUACGACAGAGUUCGGUUCCGAGAAACCGGUCGUAAGUCGAAAUGGUCGUAAGUCGAACUUUACUACUGAAUAUCAACAAAACAUUUUUGUAAUGACUUUAUUUUAUUGUUUUAUUUUGGUAUUUCAUGUUUUACUUUACUUUUUAUGUUGUUAGUACUGUAUUUUAUACUGUAAGGUUUAGGAUAAACACUGUGUACAACACAAAUUGUUGUUUAUUUCCCAGAAAUUUGGCAUAAAAAACACGGUCGUAAGUCGAGUGGUCGUAAGUCAAGCAGGUCGUAAGUCGGAUGGUAGGUGUGUGUAUAUAUAUAUAUAUAUAUAUAUAUAU